CUCUCUCUAUAUAUUUCCCUCUUCUCUUCAACUCCUAGACUCACACUCCAUUCAUCUUCAUCUUCUCUCUUCUUAUUCUCAGUUUCAAGCUCUCCGGCUAUGGCUUCCCUUUCCCAUUUCUUCUUGCUCGCACUCUCUGUGCUUUCUCUCCUAGCUUCUUCUUCCAAUGCUCAGCUCUCUCCCAACUUCUACGCCAGAUCUUGCCCUAACCUCCAGACCAUCGUUCGCAACACAAUGAGGCAGGCUGUUGCCCGAGAAGCCCGCCUCGGCGCCUCCAUCCUCCGCCUCUUCUUCCACGACUGCUUCGUCAAUGGUUGCGACGCCGGAAUCCUCCUAGACGACACCGGGAGCUUCACCGGAGAGAAAAACGCCGGCCCCAACCAGUCGGCAAGAGGGUAUGAAGUGAUUGAUGCUAUAAAAAAGAACGUGGAAGCUGCCUGCAGUGGCACAGUGUCUUGUGCUGAUAUCUUGGCACUUGCGGCACGAGAGGGUGUCUUCCUGCUUGGAGGACCCUCAUGGGCGGUACCACUUGGGCGGAGGGACGCCAGAACUGCGAGCCAGAGCAAAGCCAACAGCGAGAUUCCGGGGCCGUCGUCGGAACUGUCGACUCUGAUCUCCAUGUUCGCCGCGAAAGGGCUGAACGCCAGAGAGAUGACGGUGCUUUCCGGUGCACACACGAUAGGACAGGGACAGUGCAAUUUCUUCAGGAACCGUAUCUACAACGAGAACAACAUCGACCCGAGUUUUGCGGCCACGAGAAGGGCCACCUGCCCUAGAACUGGUGGGGACACCAACUUGGCACCCCUUGACCCCACCCCAAACAGAUUUGACAACACUUACUUUAGGGACCUCGUGGCUCGACGUGGCCUCUUCCAUUCGGACCAAGUGCUCUUCAACGGUGGCUCUCAGGAUGCUCAGGUUAGGGCUUAUAGUGCCAAUAGGGUCCUCUUCUUUAGGGACUUUGCUUCUGCUAUGAUCAAGAUGAGCAGUAUUACUCCUCUCACUGGGUCCCAGGGAGAGAUCAGAAAGAACUGUAGGGUUGUCAACUGAUUCCUGCAUGUUCUGUCUUUUUUCCUUUUUAUAUUUUUAAUUUGUUUCAUAAGCAGCAAUUGAGUAAUCAAGGGCUGUAUUUAGGGUUUGAUUUAAUCAAACGUGAUUAUUAUUAUUAGAGAAGGUCUUGUUAUUAGUCAUAAGCUUGACUAGAUGGAUCUUGGAUAUAUGUAUUUGUACGACAUGACACAGCUCAUCAAGUGUAGUGAGCUGUAUGUCCUUUUCUAAUCAACGAAUGAUUCCAAGCA